UGAUCCCUGCUUUGAUAAUCCACUACUUAGUAAUGUUACUUGACUAAAGUGAUACAUGUAUUUGGCGAAAUAUAUAAAUAAAGAAAAAACGGCGUGCAAAGAUUGUGUUUGUGGUGUCUUAGUUUGUUUACUGAUGGUGCAAGGAUAGUGGUUUAAUAAAAAUAUACUGAUAAUAAGAAAUUUAACUCCAAAAUGAACAAUAUGAAUAUAUCGAUGCUAUGCAUAUUAUUUUUUGGACUGUUGGUAUCCUUUGUCCAUUGUCAGAUAUGUCAAGUAAGUGGAAGUGACACUAUAACAGCAAUUGACUGUAACACAGUGAGAUUGGUAGGAAGAGAUCUGCAUCUGGAUUCAAAUAUCCCUGCCACUAGUAAACUUGUGGUUCUAAAUCUUAACAAUUGUUCUGGAAGGAUCGACGAUCAUUCAUUUUCGAAUAUCAAACAUCUAAGAUCCAUAAAUAUAGAUAACUGUGUACUGGAAAAAUUUAAAGUACCAAACCUACCAGACCUAAAAGAUUUGGACAUACGGAACUCAUUUCUUCCAAGGAUCACCAGAGCUUCGCUGAAGAAUGGAAAAAAUCUGAAACGAGUAGCCUUGUCCGAAAAUAAAGUAGAUAUAACCAGCGGGUCAUUUCAGGAUUUAACUGCCCUUACUGCCUUAGAUAUAGAACACCAGAACAUCACUUUGGAUAAACAUUUUUUGAGAGGACUCAGAAAUUUGAUCUUACUCAGUAUAACAGAUUCCACAGUUACACAAAUUUCAAGCGAUAGCUUUACGGAAGUACCAGAGCUUCUUGAUCUCAGCCUGGAGAGAAAUCCAAUACAGCACAUAGAAAACGGAGCAUUCGAUCCUUUAAAAAAACUGAAAAACCUAAAUCUCCUCGAUAACCAACUGGACAAACUCGACGUAACCAACUUCAAAGAAACCAGAAACUUAGAAUCUAUACGAGUUCCUGCGAGACUUGUCAAAAACUUCGAUCUCAAGAAAUUUCUGGAGUACUGCCCACGGUUUACUAACUUUGAUUUCAGUUUAUCUGAUUGUGGUGAACCGGAAGUUAAGAGUUUGGGAAACCAAGCGGAUAAGUUGAAUGCUUAUGUUUAUAUUUAUUAUGAUGGUAUUGAUAGACCUGAUCGUUGUUGAUUAUAGUUUUAUUUUUGUGUAAUAUAUUUAUAAUAUUCUUUUUAUUAGAAA